GGAACAAGGUGCAACACGAUACAGAGCAGAUUGUGGACCAAUUAACAAACUAGGCUCCAUAAAGAGUGUUGAAAAGAACAGGAAGAGUUUUUUUUUUACUUCUUCACUGUCUUUAAAGUUGUGCCUCUGCAGAAGCAGGUUAUUGACCCUCCCUUUCUGCUCUUUCCCUCCCUCUCCUCUCAGUGCCAGUGUUCUCCAGACAAACACAGAGUGAGUGUGUUUAACUUUACAGCAACAGCAGAGCAUAUCAGGUUUCCACAGGACAGCAAGAGUUGCAACCCCCUCAGUGAAUUACCGGAGAUCAGAGCAGCCUGACUGUCCUUCACGGUCUGAACAAGGAAGACGCAUCAAGAGAGAGCUUGUGCCAUGAGGUGAUCACUCUUCUGUCUGGACAAGUCUCUCCCAACCCGUCCCACCUGCAGACAUGGGGUUACAUGAGAGUGUGAGCAGUUUGAGGUGGCAGGGCAGUUAUGGUGUGUUCAGGGUCGCAGUAGGACUGAUGCUGCUAGGGCUCAGCAUGGCCCAGUCAGUAUCCCCACAAGCUGCAUGUCCAGCCUCUGCAGCCCCCCAGAGCGUCCCCCAGCCCCAGUACCAAGACACGGAGAAGGACGUCAUGGGCUUUUUGGAAGGUUUUGUCCAUUCCUUCCUCCAAACAGUCCAACCUAAUGCCCUUCCUAAAGAUCUGAUCCUAAACACAUUACAAGAUGCUGACCGAAUGCAGCAGUUAAGACCAGAACGGCUCAGAGAAUUCCUGGUGUAUGAUGUGGGUUUCCUGGUGUGCACAGCCAUUGGUGUCCUGUACAUCGUUCUGAUGCCCAUAGUUGGUUUCUUCUUGGCAUGCUGCCGCUGUUGUGGCAACUGUGGUGGGAAGAUGUACCAAAAGCAGACAUCCUCCACUAACUGCCACAGGAGGAGUCUCUACUGGACUGCAUUCGGCACCACAUCCAUUAUCCUUGCUGGGAACGUUUGCAUGUUCAUCAGCAACAAAGACAUCACAGUGAGCGUGGACCAGAGUCAAGUGGAGCUCAACAAAACUAUAAACAACAUCCAAUUCUUUCUCACGUCUGUGCCUCAGCAAAUCGACAAGGUGGUGAAUGAGAGCUACAGAACCGUUGAGGAGGUUAGCAGAAACCUGGAUGCCAUUGGACCUCAGUUGGGGAAAGAGAUCCAGGAGAAAUUCAGAGGAACCCUAGACCCAGCGCUGCAGUGGGUUAGACUGCUGGAUCAAGAAACUGUUAACACCAGUCUUCAACUGAGCAAGCUGAAGUCAUCUGUGACUCAGCUGCAGUCCAGCAUGAACCACCUCCAGGACAACUUCACUGCCGUUAAAAAUCGCAUCCUUCAGACUUUAUCCAUGGCAGAAUGCUUUGGCUGUACCUCCAAAAAACCUGAGUUAGAGAAACUCACCCUGGAUACCGACUUAAAUAUUCCCAGCUUGAGUGAGUUCCAGUCUGCAAUGGAUGAAGUCAAUAAAACUAAUCUCCCAUCCAAAAUCAAGGAGAUGGAGGAUUAUUUCGGCAGCAUCCCCCAGCGGGUGACUGAUGAGACCAAGGGUAUAGUCCAAAGCAGCAAGAAGCUGUUGGGCGACAUAAAAACACAGAUCUCGCAGGUCACCGAUGACAUCCCUUUAUCUUCUCUGACAAACGUGUUGGAUUUUCUGGGCCAGUUGCAGAGCGAAAUGGUCAAGUACACACCAGAGAUCGAGAGAGCCGAGGAAAUAAGGUCGGGAGUGUGUUUGGCCCUCUGCUGCUUGGUCCUCCUGGUGGUGGUGUGUUACCUCCUGGGUCUGGUGCUGGGUCCUAUUGGUCUGUCACCCAAAGACGACCCCACUGAGCGCUCCUGCACCACAGAUUGUGGAGGCACCUUCCUGAUGAUGGGUGCAGGUUUCAGCUUCCUCUUCUCCUGGCUUUUCAUGAUAGUGGUGACGCUGCUUUUCCUGCUGGGUGGGAACGCCUACACCCUCAUCUGUCGGCCCUGGAACAACGGACAACUGCUAGAGCUUUUGGCUACUCCAGGUAUUAUUCCGGGGUACGAUUUAGGUCAAUCUUUAGGAUUGAAAACCAACAUCACUAUCCCUGAUAUCUAUAGAGACUGUAAGCAAAACCAGCCUCUGUGGACAACUCUCCACUUGUAUGAGCUCAUAAACCUUGACGAGGUGCUCAAUGUUUCAAAAUACACGGAGCAGAUCCAGCAGGAGUUUGAGAAAACAGUAAUCACUCUGCCCAGUGUCACUCUCCUGAGCCCUGAGUUAAAGGAGCAACUCAGCAACUUCUCCAGCAAGGCUUCAAAUCUCGACUCCAGUGUUUUCACGGAGAAGAUGAAAAACGUUUCAAACAUCAAUCUUAAUACCACAGCAGAUAACCUGGAUCUGUUGGCUGCCGCUCAACCGAAAAAUGUAAUAAAAAAAGAGCUCAUAAAUGAGGCCAGGGACCUGAGGCAGAUCCAGGCCGAAAUAGAAACGAUCAUCAUCCCACAACUGGAAAACCUGAACUCGACCAUCAAGAGCUUCGGAUCGGUUGCAGAUAAAAUAAAUGGAACAGUGGGGGAGGUGCUGAGCAACGUGGGAAUAGCACAAGACUUCCUUAACACAAAUACAACACAGAUCGUCAGGACCGAGAGCAGAAAGUUUCUUGGCUGUCAGCUGGGUUACUUCAUUGUUUAUGCUGACUGGGCCAAUCUCACGAUCACACAGCAGGUGGGCCGCUGUGGGCCGGUGGCAGGAGCUGUGGACUCUGUUGAUAAUAUUCUCUGCUCACACGUUGCGGAAUCUCUGAAUGCUUUCUGGUUCAGUUUGGGCUGGUGCAUGAUCUUCUUCAUCCCAGGAAUCAUCUUUUCUAUGAAACUAGCCAAGUACUACCGGAGGAUGAAGCACUCGGAUGCCUUUGACGACCACUUAAUUAUGAACCCCAUCCCACGGGCCCAUACUAAAUUCACCUGAGAGGACGGCAUAUGGGAUCACAGCUCUAAAACACUGCAGACACAACUGCGUCAUCGCAAACUGAAGACACAUGGGGCACUCCUGUACAGAUGUGGCACAUUGUCACUCUGGUGAACAGACGGAAAAGAAAUGUGAAUUUACCUUUGAACAUGUUUUUAAAAAGAAAUCCAAUAAAGACAUCAGAGUUGAAACAGAUCAGAAGUCAGAGGGAGAGCCUGGUGCUCAAAAACGUUCAACGUUACACAAUAGAGUCCUUCUAAAGGAGCUAUUUGGUGUGUGGAUCUAUAUUGUUCAACUCUGCUAGGUGUUUUUUUAUGUUAAAAUGUUACUGUAGGGUCGCUGCUGUACAAUACAUGACAAACUUUACAAAAAGCAUCUUUGAAAUAUCCUCAGGAUGACACACAGGGCAUGAGGGAAUCUGCAGGGACUUUUUAAUAUUUAAAGGAACAUUUUAAAAACACUUGUAUGACAUAAAUGUUUUGUAACUAUUUAAUAUUUGAACUCAGCUGCUGCUGGAGUUUGGGAAUGUACACUUCAUAUUUGAAACUACAUAUCAGAUUCUUGUUGGAACAUUAAGGUACAAUGGUUUUUAGUUUGGGGUGCUCAGCAGUGGGUUACCGUGCCAACAGGCUUUUUAUAACGUGCCAGCCUCUUGUCUGUUCACCGCCGUGGUUCGGCAACUUAAGUCCAAAGGUGAAACACUUUUUUUUAGUUUAUAUUCUUAAUGACUUUUGCACUCCUAAUGGAAAUCAAAGCACAUUUUUUAUUUGAAUCUUAAAAUGAAUACACUCUUUAUGUGUGCCUAGUACAAGUGGUGUCACUGCUGUAUGCUAAACUCAAUGCUUGUGAAUCAUUUUUUUAUAUCAUGAUUUUGACUGAUGUGAUUCAUAUUUCCACACUGAUGAUUGUUUGUGUGUUAACUUUGUAGAACUUGGGACUCGAUUGUGUGUUUGUCUCUCGGAUACACAGCACUUUACAUGGUCUGUUUGCUCAUUGUGAUAUAAAGGUUGUGAACAUUUCUGCAGCUCUUGUGAAAACUACUGUAAGUAAAAAAAUCGCCACUGAUCAACAAA